CGAGAGCAGAAACUCCACCAGCACAGUGGAGCGGAUGAGAAGCACUAAACGGACAGCUUUCAAUUCUUCACAGACUUUUUUCUUACUUUUACGGACUUUUUGCGGACGAGUUGUUUGCAAAUAUCCCGAUGCGACAUUCUAGUCAGAUUUAAAGUUGUCUGAUCUGGCUGAAGUUGGUGCCCAAAACGCAGAUUACGCAGGAAAAUGACUUUUUGCAAGAGCUGGUUUGUUGCACUCCUGUUGCCACUGCUGAUAUCAGCGCAGUAUCAUGGGGACAACGGGAUCGUCGUCCCGGAGCAUGGAUUUUGCCAGCCCAUUUCCAUACCACUGUGCACGGACAUAGCCUAUAAUCAGACCAUCAUGCCCAAUUUAGUGGGACAUUACAACCAGGAGGACGCAGGACUCGAGGUGCACCAGUUUUACCCCCUGGUGAAGGUACAGUGCUCUCCGGAGUUGAAAUUCUUCCUGUGCUCCAUGUACGCGCCUGUGUGCACGGUGCUGGAGAAGGCCAUUCCUCCGUGCAGGUCCAUCUGCGAGAGAGCCAAGCAGGGCUGCGAGGCGCUCAUGAACAAGUUUGGCUUCCAGUGGCCGGAGCGCCUGCGCUGCGAGAACUUCCCCGUCCUGGGACACGAUCACAUCUGCGUGGGCCAGAACGACUCCUCCGCCGCCACGGUCCCACCCGUCCACGUGCCCGUUCACGCGCCCGUGCCUGGGACCUCCGGUGUUCCUGCGUACCCCUCAGCAGACAGGUCUUUCCGCUGCCCUUCAGUCCUCCGGGUCCCCCCUUAUUUGAACUAUAAGUUUCUGGGUGAGGCAGACUGUGCGGCUCCCUGUGAGCCAGCAAGAAGCGGGGGUUACAUGUUUUUCAGCGAGAAAGAGAUCCAGUUUGCACGGGUGUGGAUUCUAGUGUGGUCUCUGCUCUGCUGUGCUUCCACUUUGUUCACAGUUACCACCUAUUUAGUUGACAUGCAGCGCUUCAAAUACCCUGAGAGGCCCAUCAUCUUCCUGUCUGGCUGCUACACCAUGGUUUCCAUAGCCUACAUAGCUGGCUACUUCCUGGGAGACAAGGUGGUGUGCAACGACAGUUUCAACCCAGACGGCUAUAAGACCAUUGUCCAAGGCACCAAAAAGGAAGGCUGCACCAUCCUCUUCAUGAUGCUCUACUUCUUCAGCAUGGCCAGCUCUAUCUGGUGGGUUAUCCUGUCUCUCACCUGGUUCCUGGCUGCAGGCAUGAAGUGGGGCCAUGAGGCCAUCGAGGCCAACUCUCAGUACUUCCACCUGGCAGCCUGGGCAGUGCCAGCCGUCAAGACUAUCAGCAUCCUGGCCAUCGGGCAGAUUGAAGGGGACAUGCUCAGCGGCGUCUGCUUUGUGGGCCUCAGCAACCUGGACCCCCUGCGUGGCUUCGUGCUGGCCCCUCUCUUCAUCUACCUCUUCAUCGGGACGUCUUUCCUGCUGGCCGGCUUUGUCUCACUGUUCCGGAUCCGCACCAUCAUGAAGCACGACGGCACCAAGACGGAGAAGCUGGAGCGGCUGAUGGUGCGGAUUGGGGUGUUCAGCGUGCUCUACACUGUCCCUGCCACCAUUGUCAUCGCCUGUUUCUUCUACGAGCAGGCCUUCCGCCCCCACUGGGAGCGCAGCUGGGUCAGCCAUCACUGCAAGAGCCUGGCCAUCCCCUGCCCCGUGCAGGCCGGGCCCCGCAUGACCCCGGACUUCACGGUCUACAUGAUCAAGUACCUGAUGACACUCAUAGUGGGCAUCACCUCCGGCUUCUGGAUCUGGUCCGGCAAGACUCUGCACUCCUGGCACAAGUUCUACACGAGGCUGACAAACAGCAAGCAUGGAGAGACUACUGUGUAGACACUAGAGCAACCACUGGGACUUCUUUCACAUGUUGUCAGGACUGAUGUGUGUGUAUUGUCCUCUGUUUGCCUGCUCCCCAAAUGAUAGGUAAGUAGCACAGUGAUUAGCUUAGAUUCUUGCAGCGCUUGUAUUUGACUCUGUAUAGCCAUACAUGCAUGCCAAAUUGAGGGUUUGGGUGUUGGGGUUUGACAAAAGGACAAGCUGGAUAAACAAGGAGCCAACCUGACUGUCUGAACAAAUAACAAUCAUGGCCGUGGAUGCCAUGUGCUGAGAUGCUCCCCACCCCCCACCCCCUCUUGGUCCUACUUUCAAAGCCACCAUAAACUCAAGGGCAGCAAGGAUCCCAACUGCAAAAAAAAAAAAACAACAAAAAAACAGCAAGAGAGGGAAUGAGCCGUGAAAGCGCCUCCGUUUCCUGUUCCUCUCUGUUAACAUUGUGUAAGUAAAUGAAAUUGUAAAUAGUAUUUGUAAGAUGAAAUUCUAUAUUUGUAUUUAAAGAAAGUAAACGUUUUUCUUAUCUG